AGCACAGAUAAGUGAAGAGCUCAAGGAACUGAUCCUACGCAUGCUUGAUAAGAAUCCAGAAACAAGGAUAACAGUCCCUGAAAUUAAGGUGCAUCCGUGGCUAACCAAGGGUGGUGAGGAGCCUCUGCCACUGGAGGAAGAGCACUGUACCGUGGUGGAGGUGACGGAGGAGGAGGUGAAGAACUCAGUGAAGACGAUCCCGAGUUUACCAGCUGUGAUCCUAGUGAAGGCCAUGCUAAGAAAACGCUCCUUUGGAAAUCCGUUCGAGGUUCAGACCAGGCGGGAGGAAAGGUCCAUGUCUGCUCCAGGGAACUUGCUGAUAAAACAAGGGAGCAGAGAAGGAGGCAGGGACUCGGAGCUGCCCGACGUGUGUGAAGACGAAGCUACAUCCUGAAGCUGCCUGGCUGUUGCAGGCUGGUCGCUCACGUGCUGCUGCUGUCAUACUCAUCGUGGUGUUGCCUGGCACACAUCUGCCCUCAUCGCCAAGUCUGGGGCCUGCAAAGCAAAAGGAAAAAAAAAAGAAAAAACAAACCAAAACAGACCAACCCAGAAAACCAGAAAGGAGGAACACAGCAGCAAUAAAGAGAAGAGCAAGUCCUUUGGCUGGCAGAGGGCUGGCUCGGCCUCGUGGGCGGCUGCAUUCCUGGUGCGAGGCGUCCGUG